UCUGCCAGCAAGCUGGAUGAAGAGGGACUUGAGCUAGCAGUGUGCCGGCAUGGAGUUCUUCUCUGUGCACUUAACAUGUACAGGGGGGAAAUUUUUGCUUAUCCUUUGUACCUCCAACAAAAGGUCACAAACAGCACCUUUUUUUGCAUGGAUGUUACCUGCAAAUAUUGGCCAUACCUAAAAAAGGUCUCAAAGCAUUGUCCAGAGCUCCAGGCACUGCUCAGCAUGAAACCUUUUCUUUCCGUGUUCCAUGCAAAAGCUCAUGACUUCAAAUGUGAAGUUAAAUGGAGUGGAGCAUAUCAGGAGGGGGCUGGCUUAACCCUUGGAGAGGAGGUAGAACAAGUUAAUGCCUUCCUCUCUCGCAUUGCUGUGACAACAAAGCAUAUGUCAAAAGCAGGGCGUUCUGACAUGUUAACCCUUAUGGCCAUACGGUGGAAUGAUCACAAGUUUGAAAACUUGGCUGGAUCCUUGUCCCGCAGAUAUCUGAAAACCAUAAAGAUGUUGGAUGAAAAAGAAAAAAUGCUGGAAUCCACAAAAAAUGAACUUUUGCUCACUGAGGUCCAGUUAAAGGACUGGGUAGCUGAUGUGAAGGAGUGGGCUGAAUCAGCAACCACUCCAACAGAUGAAGAUGCCUUGGAAAGUAAAAUUGAGGGACUGGUAGCAAGCAUCAAGAGACGCACGCAGCAUUUGUACAAAGACACAGACGGCUGCAAAGCUCGAGCCAGGGUCCGACGCAAACUCAGAGAGGAGAAGCGGAUGUUAUGUACUUUGAUUGAAGAGUAUAACACCCUGAGCUCAAGCGCAGAGGCUCUGUGCAUUGACACAAUCCUCAGAGAAGAUGUCGCAUGGCCAUGGCAGGACAACCAAAAUGAUCAUGUUACCAUUAGGACAAAGAGACAAGUCUUUGACCAAGUCAUGGGAGUGAGAAGACUGCAAGAAGAGAAGAAGAUUCUUGUUGCUGAGAUGGCUAAGCACUGGAAUUAUCUCCUAGCUCGUUUUGGUUGGCUGAAAGAGCAUUCUGACCGGGUCUCUAAACUUCCCCUCCAGAAUACUCAGGAUGUACUCACUGAUGAGGCCCUGAAUGGCAUGCAGGCCCUAUUAAAAAAAAAGUUGUGGAACAUUCGGCAAAAAAUACAGGAUGUGAGGCACUGCUACUUGAGCAUUUUUACUGGAGCAGAGUGUGACUUCCUACAGAUGACUUCUGAUUUUCCAGACAGUGACUUGGACAGUGAUUUGGACGACAUGUACUAAAAUGUAGUUCUAUAGACCUUAAAUUGUUUAAUUCAUUUAUCGGUCGAGGGUGUCCUCAGUCCACCAAAGUUUGUACUAGUUGACUAAUUUUUCUAUUUGUAUUAUAAGGAUUUAUAUGGAUCAGAUCAGAAAGGAGAAGGCUUAGAGUGAGUUAGUUUUGGAUUUAGGAAUCAACUGUGAGUUAAAAGGGCCCAUAUUUACGCUGUUUUCUGGCCUAUGUUUUAUGUUACAUGAUUUUAUAACUUUAGUAUGUGUAUGGGGUUUCUACAGUUUUCAUGUUUUUGUCCUUAUUUUGGUUAAUCACCUCAUCUGUGGUUUAGGGCUGAUACAUGUAGUUACUAUGAUUAACUGAGAUUCAGGAGCAGGACCACGCCUCAGCCGCCCUCUCCUCUCACCAGCGAACCACAACUCAUCUCGACUACGCCUCUAAUUUCCCAGAAGCCUUUAUGUAGCAGCCUUUCCCAUCAUCCCAGUUUGUCUGGGCUAACUCGACCCCACCCUCCCAUCCCCUAUUUUGUCUUUCAGUCAUGAUACCCCUACGGGGAGGGUCCCGUUCCGACUGGGCCAAUUGUAGAUUGAGACGGAGCCCCCACCUAGAGUCUCAACCCAGCCAUCUCUGCCCUGCUUUGUACAUUAUCAAUAAACUUCUUCGCACUAUGUUCUUGGCGUGGUCCUAGCUAGUGAAUGUCUGGGUGUGUAAAGUGACAGCCACUGUUUUAGAGCAGCAGAAACAUUAGUAUUGUGUUGUAUUCACACCUUUUAUGUUGAAUAACUAUACAUUGACAGCCCACAGACUGAAAAUAAAAUCAAUAUUGUACAUCUUUGUCAGCAAAAUUAUUUUGCUGUGUUACUUUCUUCUCCA